CGUCACGACCGAACAAAGCCAGGAAGACUGGAAGAGAAGAGUAGCGGCGCUCUGUUUCUAUUCAAUGCAACCGGAGAUCAGUGAAAUCAGAUUUUGAACCGAUUAACAUAUUAGAUAGUUUCCAACAUAUGAACAGAUCCAGAUAUCAGAUGACACAUUUAUUACCUUUACCGAAUGAAACAGUAUAUUUUCUGUUGAGAUUAUUAGUUCGGAAUAGAGUUUGUAACAGAUAACACCUUAGAUUUAGUAAAUAAACAGCACAUUUAGUAACUUUUAUUACCGUGCUUAUUAUCGAUGUGAUCUGAUCAAAUGGUUCUUUUGUGGAAUGGAAGAUCGGAUGUAUUCAGGUUCAGAUGAUUAAACUGAGUUUCAGCACCAGAAGGAAUUCAGAGAAAUGGAUGAGUUAUUGGAGAAGUUUCUGUAAGAUCAGAAAACAAAGCUAGCAGAGGAGAAGGCAUGUCUGGAACAGGAGCCCCCUUACAUGGAGAUGAGGAGGCAGACAGGCCAUAUUCUCCAGAAAGAUAACAUACCUUCACGUACAAGUCAGCAAGAUGGUGUGAGUCUGCCACUCGGAGAGCAAUAUGAGAGAAAGAAACACAAACUGCAAGAAGAACUCAGGAAUGAUUACAGGAAAUACAUGGCAGAGAAAGAUCACUGGGAUGCUGUUGACAUUCACACAGUUCCAGAGAGAAGACGAAUACCCAGGACGGUCCGUGUGAGGGAUGUGGCCACCCUUACAGAGGUGUGUGGGCUGGGAUGGGGUGUGUGUAGCUCUGAGGAAGACUGCAUUGAUGAUGAACUCAUGCUUUUGCAAGGGAGGCGACAUCAGAGAGAGAGAGACACCAGGACGGCAAACAGAAGAAGGGAACUGUACACAGAGACAGGACAUCACACGAGCAAACUACAGCACAGAAACAGAAUGUCGAUAUCCGUUGCGACCCAAGCCAACGAAAGAUCUGUAUCUGCGGCCAGUCAGGACACAGUUUGCACCACUGGACUUUUAAUAGGUGCAGUGGAUCUGGAGACCAAACUGCAGAGGAAAAAGGAACGUUAUAGAUGUGAACUACAGGAACAAAUUGCAGAGAAACAGAGUCACAGGAGGAGGGAGAAGGAACUGGACCUGAGAGUUUCAACAAAUGCUGAGAAAAAGCAGCUCUUUGUGAGUGAGGCGUCUGCGUACAGAAAGCAACCAAGGGAUGACAUCAUCCGCCUGGACACUGCUGAUUCUCCUGAGGGUGUUCUACAAUACAGGACAGACCUUUUGUCUCCUUGCAGGGUGCCUUUUGUCCCUACUCACCUCCCAUUCCUUACAGAUGCCUAUAAGACUCCAAAUAAUGAUUCUGAGAGUUUGUUGAGCCCCAGUAGAACCUCAUCAUCAGGAGAGCCACACCCACUCAGUCCACACAGCAGAAGCACUCACAGACAGAGGAUUGUGGGUGAGAAUGAAGUUGAGGGUUCAGGUCUUUUAGUGUUUCCUGCACAUCACGCAAAGACGGACAGACUCAGCUAUAAAGAGGAGCUCAGAAAGCAGAUAGAGGAGCGGGAUGCACAGAGGAGGGUGGACAGAGAGGAGAAGCAAAGACUGGAGGCUAAUCUUGUAGCCGAUAUGAGAGCAUAUGAACCCUGGGGAAGAGGCGGAGCUGGUGCACCACUCAGAGACAGCACUGGAAAUCUAAUCACUGAUCUGAAGAAGAUGCAUCUUUUGAAUGCAGCAGCUGCAGCACCACCACAAAAGCCGGAGAGGCCAGGUUUUGCCGAGACACACACUCCACAGUUUGCAAGAGGGAAUGUGUUUAAUCAGAUGCUGUCACCCCAGCGACUACUGGAGCAAGACCAAUACAAAACUUACCUGAGACUCCAGGUAGAAGAGAAGCGAAGGAAGCAGGUGGAGGAGAGAGAGCAGAUGAGGGCAGAGGAGGAGAGGGAGGACAGGCGACUGGAGGAACAGAGAGAGAAAUUUAGGAGAGAGUAUGAAGAGGAGCAGAAGAGCAGAAACCACAGAGAGAUGGAGCAAAAACUGAAGAAUGAAGAACUCACUCAUCUUGUGGAGGAGAAACGGAGGGAUGCAGAAAAAAAGCAAAAAGAAGAAGAAGAGAAAGAGAGAGCAGCUGUUCAACGUGCACCAUCCCCUCCUAUCCCUACCCUACAGAAGAAACACUGCAACCCUUCAAAUGCUACGGAUUUCUCUGUGUUUCGGGCUCUUCCAUCUCCAGAAAACAGAAACAGCCAGAGAACAGAGAAGUACAGAAGUGAGGUUGUAAAUGAGCUGUGUGCUUUAAGAAGACGUCUGCGCAGUGAACAGCAGCAUCUGGAGGAGCAGCUCUUGCAGACAGAGUGGGAGCAUCUCCCCUCCCCCUUCACUGACAGGCACAGGAUGGAUGUGUUUGACAUGGCUCGUUUGGGCAUGCCUGUGCGAGGCCCCUCCUCCCGCGGCACUGAGCCAAUCAGCUCAGAGGGGGCCAAUGACGUCAUGUACAGGGAUGCCUUUAUGCCUAGAACAUGGCAGUCUAGGAACAGAGAUGUUGAGGGUGGACGAGGAUCUGUGCUUCUGUCAGAAAGUGAAUUUAUUGAUCUGAAUGGAGUUGCUUUCCCAGUUCCUCCAGACAGUGAGAGGAAAUCUGUUAAGCUGUCUGCACGAGAGCUACGCAGACUAGCAAACCUUAAGUCUGCAGAGAGGAAGCCAGUGCAGCUGCAGUCUCUCAAUAUGAGGCAGCUCAGAGACACAAACCUCAUCAGGACGAAGAGACUACAAGCCUUUGGCCAUCACAGCAUCACAGCAGGAGGCUGCUCUGACGACGAUGAUGAAGCAAGUUGUGGUGAUGAGCAUUUUACCCUGCAGUCUCCUGGCAGGCCCAGCUCCAUUGAUACCACCACUGCCGAGUCCUGGACUCAAGCAGAAACAUCAGACACGCUCAGAAGGCUGAUGUCUGGCUCUAAACUUUAAGAUGGGCCAUAAUAUACAUGACCGCACAUGCUCAGAGUGUGUGAGCACUUUACUGCAAUGCAGUAUAUAUAGGAGAUUUUAUGUAGUCUUCAGAUCUCUUAAAUAAAAGACUGAUCAGCGGAAUCUCUUCGAGAUCAUCUGCUUUAACUGCUUCACAAAA